CGCGGCCCCCGCGCCCACUCCGCGCUCGGGCGAGGGCAGGCGGCCGCUGGCGUCCUGGCCCGGGGACAGCCCGCGCGACCCCGGCGCUGCCCCCUUGGGCGCGGGGCGACCCUGGAGCUCCAGGUGGGGGCGCGGUGGGGGCGCGGUGACUGGACUAAAGGCGGGGAUCGUUCACCCCAAACUCGGUGCCCCGCGGUGUCCGCCCAAGUUCUGGGAUGUUUUACGCAACUGAAUUUCCCUUCCCCUGCCAGCCCGGCGGAACGAGUAGCUGGUCAGACGGACAGAUGCGCGGGGCUCUGACAUCCCCAGAGAGAGACCCUUCGUCUCUGGGGGUGGGAGCUCGGCGCCAGCACGGAAGCGCCCUUGGUGGCACCGGACUCGGCUCUCCGUACCUCCCGGAAAACUGGGUCCCGGUCCCGCGGGGUUCCCGCGAUGCCGGAGCUCGCAGCGCCCAGCUCAUGGUCCCGGGGAGCCGCGGCCCCGGAUUCCGCCAGCGCUGUCUCCUCUCCCUCAGGUCUGGCGGUCGCAGGGAAUGACCCUGGUUCCCCCACAGUCCCAGCUCGGGGCGGGGACGCCUGCCUGGGCAGCACCGAUAAGCAGCGGAAGGCAGGAGCCAGCGGCACCUCGGCCGCGGCCGCGCCCGGGCCCCCCUGGCGGAGGGAGCCGCGGGUUGAGGUUAUGGAUCCAGCGGGCGCCCCCCAGGGCCCCGGGUCCCGGCUCCCGCGGCCCUGCCACGUGCUGGUGCUGCUGAACCCGCGGGGUGGCAGGGGCAGGGGCCUGCAGCUCUUCCGCAGCCACGUGCAGCCCCUGCUGGCCGAGGCCAACGUCUCCUUCACGCUGGUGCUCACUGAGCGGCGGAACCACGCGCGGGAGCUGGUGCGGUACGAGGAGCUGGGCCGCUGGGACGCGCUGGUGGUCAUGUCCGGGGAUGGGUUGAUGCAUGAGGUGGUGAAUGGGCUCAUGGAGAGGCCUGACUGGGAGACGGCCAUCCGCAAGCCCCUGUGCAGCCUCCCGGCCGGUUCUGGCAACGCGCUAGCAUCUUCACUGAACCAUUAUGCAGGCUUUGAGCAGGUGACCAACGAAGGCCUUCUGACCAACUGCACGCUGCUGCUGUGCCGCGGGCUCCUGGCACCCAUGAACCUGCUGUCGCUGCACACGGCCUCUGGGCUGCGCCUCUUCUCUGUGCUGAGCCUGGCGUGGGGCUUCAUUGCCGACGUGGACCUGGAGAGUGAGAAGUAUCGGUGCCUGGGCGAGAAGCGCUUCACUCUGGGCACCUUCCUGCGCCUGGCAACCCUGCGCAUCUACCAGGGCAGACUGGCCUACCUCCCUGCAGAAAGGGCUGCCCCCCAGGGGACCGCCUUGCCUGCCCCGGGCAGACAGGGCCCGGCAGACGCGCACCUUGUGCCCCUGGAGGAGCCGGUGCCAUCCCACUGGACCGUGGUGCCCGACCAGGAGUUCGUGCUGGUGCUGCUGCUGCUGCAUUCGCACCUGAGCAGCGAGAUGCUGGCGGCACCCAUGGGCCUCUGUGCGGCCGGCCUCAUGCACCUCUUCUACGUGCGGGCAGGCGUGUCUCGGGCCUCGCUGCUGCGCCUCUUCCUGGCCAUGGAGAAGGGCAGGCACAUGGAGUGCGACUGCCCCUACUUGGUCUACGUGCCCGUGGCAGCGUUCCGCCUGGAGCCCAAGGAUGGCCAGGGUGCCUUUACUGUGGACGGGGAGCCAAUGGCCAGCGAGGCUGUACAGGGUCAGGUGCAGCCCAACUUCCUGCGGCUGGUCAGUGGCUGUGUGGAGCCCCCACCCAGCGGCUGCCACCCCCACAAGAGCCCUCCUGACUCUGUGGGGCUCGCUGUGCCUUAGUCUCCUGGGGGAGGAAGUCAGGACCUUUCCUCCUUUCCCCGGGAGGCGGGAAGGGGUGGGAGGGCUCCCCUGGAGGAGGGUGGAGGCCGCGCUUUGGAAGGUCAGACUCUGCUCACCAGAGGCCCGAAUGUGGCUCCAGACCAAGAGCCCAGCUGCCCCUGGAAGCCACUCGACCUUUUUGUGGGAGCCCCAUCCCAUGAAUCCAAUCCAAAUAAAGUGACAUUCCUA